AUGGGGUCGGCGAAUACAUCCGGAAAUCAUGCCCUGGUCUAUGGCGCGACUGGCAUUCAAGGCUGGGCCGUGAUCAAUCAACUACUGGCCGGGUAUCCCUCGAAAGAUAGCUUUGCCAGGGUCACCGCUCUGGCUAACAGACCACCAUCUGAGAACCUUCUCUGGCCGAAAAGCGACAAGCUGCAGGUGAUUUCUGGCGUCAACCUUCUGAACGACGGCGGACAGGCGGCGUUGGAGAAGCAGAUGAAAGCAGAUAUUCCUGGUAUCGAGACAGUGACACACGUCUUUUUCUUUGCGUACAUCUUCACGGAAGACCCAUCUCAAGAAAUCAGCGUCAAUGUCGAGCUUCUCAAACGAGCCGUCACAGCCGCCGAAUAUCUUUCGAGUAAUCUCAAGUUCGUCCUUCUACCGACAGGAACCAAAGCCUACGGCGUCCAAUGUCUGGCCGAGUUUCCGUUCGCCUCGAACCUGCCACUUUCCGAGGACCUACCUCGCAUACCUGAACCCUAUCAGAGCCAGAACUUUUACUACAACCAGACAGACUGGCUCGAGUCGCAGAGCAAAGGCAAACAAUGGACCUGGUGUGAAGUACGGCCAGAUGUAGUCGUGGGAUUCGUGCCGAACAACAAUGUCUAUUGUCUCGCACAAACACUAGCAACGUAUCUAGCCUGCUUCCGUGACGUAGAAGGGAGUGGAGCCGAAUGUGCUUUCCCAGGAACGGAGAAGAGCUGGAGAAUCUUGAGUAAUGAUAGCAGUCAAGACGUGAUAGCUCGCUUCUGCAUCCAUGCUGUUCUGCACCCAGAGGCUUGUGGGCAAGGUCGUGCGUUCAAUGUUUCGGACAACAGCGAGCCAUCCUCGUGGGAGAAGAAGUGGCCUGUUAUCUGCGAAUUCUUCGGUCUCAAAGGCACAGCACCACCUGCUGGAGGAUCAGGGCCACAGCCUGGUCAGUACCUAUCCGAUCACUUCCAGCAGUGGCAGGACCUGGAGAAGAAACAUGGGCUUGCUACUGGACGUGUUGGUAAUGAUAGGAGUUUGGCGGGUUUCCAGUACUUCAUCAUGACAAUGUUCGAUUUUGAUCGACAGUUGGAUUUGAGCAAGCAGCAUGAGGCGUGGAAUUCAGGUGGGAAAGCAGAGGAGGUGGAUAGCAAGACGGCGUGGUGGACUGCAUUUGAGAGGUUUAGAGAGGCGAAGAUCAUUCCCAAGGCAGUAGUUGACGGCGAUGUGCGUCGCAUCAUGUGA